AUGGCCGACCAUAGUUUACUCGUGUUGCUCGCAACAUUAGUUGCCGCAUACGGUUGGACAGUGUUUCCCUUGCAAAACCCUCAAGCCUACCAUUAUCAGAGAGUGCAGCCGACCCCAGUUAUGAGACCGGUUUGGCCUACGCCUCACUUUUGGAUUCAAAAUCUGCCACCUCUCCCGGAACCUUCAUCUCUGUGUGAAGAGAGCUCGUCGAGACACGAAGCGAUCACGCCGAGCAAAGUCACAAAGGCCGUCUCUUCGGCUUUGUUAAGCACCGUUAAACCUGACGAAGGCAUAGACCUAGUUUUACCAGUACUUGCGCCGCCGACGAGCUCUAGAGCGCGAGUCUCGGAGACAGCUAAAGAGUAUCCUGUACUAUUGCUUUUCGUGAACAGUAGCAAAAGUAAAAAGGAAGUGCUGAGACGGAAUAUGGAAACAGAACCCAUAUAUGUUGAGAGACUGGAAGACAGGAUCAAUCCCAGACAUGUAACCAAACAUAAAUUA